AAUUCAAGGAUUAUUUUUUUGGUUGCAAAUGCAAUGAUUAUGUGAGCAGGAAGGGCAUGCGAGCAGAUUCAAGGGUGGUAGAAGGACCUGUUUUUUAGUAGGUGCGGUAGUAAUUGAUGUGGAGGAAGAAGUUCGGAGCCGAACAUCACCUGUGCUGAAUCUUGAACCUCAUCAAUUUUAUCAUUUUCAAUGACAACCCGCUGCAUGCCGCCAGUAAAUACAGUAUGAAAAUCACAGUUACUAAUAGCUAACAACACAAUGGACACGCCAAUGGAGCUUGAAACCACGAGGGCGAAAACUGCACCUUUCCUGAGGGACUUGCCGUCAUUCAACAAGGAUAACUUCUCCAAGUGCAAAGGAGCAUCGCAAUAUCCAACCAACAAGUGUGCACCAAAGCAUGUUGGCCUGAAGGAGCAACACGAUAUACCAAUGUUGGAGUCAGAUAACGCUAACUUGGUUGUGGAUCUGGUGCGGCAGCACUCCAUAUCUGAGAAGGAGCGCUCACAGGACGCCGCCGAGAAUGCCAUGAUGGCGUUACAAGGUGUCAAGAGAAAACACAGUCCGGACGGGGACGCAAGCCGUGCGGCCAGGCCGAAAAAAUGAACACAUUCCUUUGUAGUGUGUGUGUGAAUACUGUCGGCUCAGAUAUGUCGUACCUAGUCAGCCAUGGAGCAUGCAGUGACGUUCCCCGAUCCAGACAACACUCCGAGAUCUCCCUAUCUCUCCUCUCACUGCCCGCCCCCAGCAGCAUAAUGUGUUAUACAGCUGGCGACGCGCUGUAUGUGCGACACGAGAAUUUCAGAGUGCAUGGUUUUUAGUAUUGUCUGACGAUUGACAUUCAUUGCUCAGUGCAUCAGCUUGUUGCCGCUAGGAUUUCUGUUGACGCUGACGAGCAUGCUGUGCAGGAAUGUGCUCGCUCCGCGUGGCGGCAUCGUGUCACCAGGCCUGCCCCUGCGCUCAUCGCUACCUAGUAGUGAGAGUCUAGCUGUGAACGUAGGUAUCCCAACGAUGUCGUGACUCUGAGUACCGGGUUGCCUGGUGGCCUUGCAGUAGCCACCGCCACCACCGCCACUUGACUAUGAAUUCCGGCUUUGGUACUGGAGAGUGUGAGCUGUUUUGCGGUCCUCAGCGGUUCUAUCCGGGCACCCACGCAUGCUGCUUGGCAUCUUGUUGCUAGCUGGUCGUUUGCUGCUGGUAGCUGCUCAUCAGGCAAGUCCUUUUUGAUCUUUGUUGAGUCAUCAUGUGCUGACUGGCAGGCCAUGCGCUGCUUCUUGACGACUUUGCUUUAUUGCUUUUUUACUUCAGGGCUUCUUGUGUCGUCGUGGUUGUGUAGUGUAUGAUUGUAUCCGUGUGUUGCUCACCGCUGGCUGUGAUGUGCACGGCACAGCGCGUUAUCUUAGCUAUUCUCGCUGUGUAGGCUUAUUCUGAGAAGCAUUGGUACAGCAUCUCCCCGCAGCUGUUUUGUUCUAAUCCGCCUUGAUCCGCUGCAGCAGGCUGUGUUCACUGCUUGUGGUGUUCUGUCACGGGUACUUUCCCCUUUAGUUUUUCAUCCUGGUUACGUGAUCGUGGUCUGUUCAACGCCAUUUUUUAAAUUUUAAUCUUGUCCACGCCCUUGGGUGUGCAUGGUUUUAUUUGUUCCUCAGCUUUAGCUAUAUGUUCCCACUUCAUAGCAUUGCUGAUGGUCAUUUUGAUUGAGUAAUUGAGUGACAUCAAGAGUACAUAACCCC